AUGCCAAUUCAAUCGCCCAUCUAUUUAGUUGCUAGCGGUGAUUCUCGUCUUGCUGCUAAUCAAACAUGUUGGGAAGCACAAGAUAAACUUGAAAAAGCCCUUGGUAAAGCUCUAGAAUCACUUGGACAUCAAAUCAAACGUGCACAUGAAUACGAUGAAACAAAAAAACAUGGUUUUGUCGAUAGUCAACGAAUGGGCAUGAAAGUUUUCGCCAAUUUACCAUCAGAUGACGUACCAUUGAUUGUUGCUGAAGCUGUUUGGCAAUAUUCACACCAUGUUCUAGCCGGUUUAACAACACAUAAAGGUCCAAUAUUGACUGUAGCCAAUUGGUGUGGACAAUGGCCAGGGCUCGUCGGAAUGUUGAAUUUAAAUGGUUCGUUGACGAAAGCUGGUGUGAAAUAUAGUACAUUAUGGUCGGUGGAUUUCACUGAUGAAUUUUUUAUCAGCAAACUCAAGGAAUGGUUGGAAACUGGAGAUAUCCAGCAUGAUGUAUCACAUGUACGAGCACUGAAAGAAUGUAAAGCAGUUCCGGAUGAUUUACAGAAGAUUGGACAAAAAAUUGCCGAAGAUAUUCUGAAAAAUAAAGCAAUUAUGGGUGUGUUUGAUGAAGGCUGCAUGGGAAUGUACAAUGCCAUCAUACCGGAUGAACUUCUUCAUAAAUUGGGAAUUUUCAAAGAACGUCUUAGUCAAUCAGCCCUGUUUUAUGAAAUGCAAGUUACAAAAGACGAAGAAGCUCGUGCUGUUUACGAAUGGAUAAAAAACAAAGGCAUGACGUUCGAUUUAAAAGAACAACCGAACGAUAAAACUGAUCUCACAGAAGAACAAAUUCUCUGGCAAUGCAAAAUGUACAUCGCCGCUGUUCGCUUAGCCAAUGAUUUUGGAUGUGAUUUAAUUGGUAUCCAGUAUCAACAAGGCUUGAAAGAUUUAGUUCCUGCUUCCGAUUUAGCUGAAGGCCUAUUGAAUAAUGUCGAUCGGCCACCAGUGAAAGAUCGUGAAAAUAAAGCAGUUCUUUUCGAAAAUGCAGCUGUUCCACAUUUCAACGAAGUCGAUGAAUGUGCUGGUGUCGAUGCAUUGAUCACCAAUCGUGUCUGGAAUCAACUGGGUUAUUCACCGGAAACAACUCUCCACGAUGUUCGUUAUGGUGAAGAUUAUGAUGGUGUAUUUACAUGGGUAUUUGAAAUUUCUGGUGCUGUUCCACCUGAACAUUUGAUUGAUGGUUACAAAGGUUCAUUUAGUUUACGACAGCCUCCCAUGUACUUUCAUAAAGGCGGUGGUACCAUUCGUGGUGUAUCAAAACCCGGUGAAGUUGUUUGGAGCCGAAUUUAUACAGAAGAUAAUCGUUUGAAAGCUGAUCUUGGCCGCGCACGGGUCGUUGAAUUGCCCAAAGAAGAAACUGAACGUCGUUGGCGUGAUACAACUCCACAAUGGCCAAUUAUGCAUGCACAAUUGCUUGGCGUUAGCCGUGAUCAGUUAAUGGCGAAACAUAAAGCAAAUCAUGUUCAAGUUGCUUAUGCGCCUGAUGCUCAAGGUGCACAAAAAGGUCUAGCAGCGAAAGCAGCAUGCUUUCAAGCACUGGGUAUUGAAGUUUUCAUAUGUGGCACUGAAUCUGGACUUGAUUCGUAG